UAUGUGCGUGCAUGUACCAAUUCUAUAGCCAAUCAAUUCAUGCUCAAAAUUGUAUUAUACCAAACCAACUGAAAAAAAAAAAUCAACUGUAAACCAUUUAUAGAAUUAGCUGUAAGCUUUUAAAGAAGAAUCAAAUCACAUAACAAGAUAUAAUGUCCUUUAUUACUCAAUUCUUUCAAAGAAAUUCCAUCUAUGUUGCCACUAUCUUUGGUGGAGCCUUUGCAUUCCAAACUUUUUUUGAUGUAACAGUUACUAAAUGGUAUGAAAAUCAUAAUAAAGGUAAAUUAUGGAAAGAUGUUAAAGUUAAAUUCCUUGAAGGUGCCGGUGAAGAAGAAGAUGACGAAUAGAUUUAUUAAUCUGAUCAUUCUAUAAUCCCAUUUACUCCAUCAAACAGUCAUAAACCUAUUCCUGAUAAAGUUAGACAACAACCCACACAUCACACAUAUAUUUCUUUCUUCGUAUACUAUAAAUGAAACUAUGUUGAAUGAGUGUCAAUGAUUAAAUACAUAUUCCUGUACCAUACCAUACCAUCUUGAUUUAACAAUUGAAUCUUUGAAACACUACAUCAUAUCACAAUUUUAUUAAUGUUCAUUCUGAUACAUAGUUAUUUAUUUCUUUUUACAGCAUUUUAAAUCAACUAUCUAUUUAAUAUCAAU